GUCACAUUUCAAUAUUUUGAGACGCGCCGGACAUGAAUCGAUCUGCGAACCAGAGACGUGGUGGUGAGCUCAAGUGCUCAGUCCCAGAAGCGACGACAUGGCUGGGUCGGCGCCAGGAGAUGAGCCAGCCUUGUUCUUUCCCGUAUCAUCCGAUUCUGAGGAUGACACACCCGUUCCAACUUCAUCCAAGCUCACCUCUACCAAGCCACCGACUUCAUCUGUAGAGCACUCGGCGGGUCCAUCCUCCUAUGUCAGCAAGAAUGGAGCAGAGGCAAGCCCUCUGUUCUUCGGGUCUCCAGAGCCAGAGACUGUUCCGGCUUCGACUUCUUACAAGUCUCCGCCCAAACGGCCAGCCUUGAGCCGCCACACAUCCUCGCAAAGGAGCAAGUCCGUACCAUCAGACUUUACUGGAUAUCUGGGAGAGUUUGUCUGCGAAGGGUGGUCAUUAUCGAAAGGGAAGGGGUACUGUGUGCCAGGUUCCAAAGUCGUCUUCGAACGCCCGAAACCCAAAAAGAUCGUCGAAGAGACGAGCUCUGUUGUUGAGAAGAUCGGCCCAGCCAGACUUGUUAAUGGCAAAAUGGUCCAUAGCAAGGCAAAGUCAAUGGCGGGAAAGCAGGUGACGCUGGGAUCCAUGGGGGUAGGCAAAAAGGCCACUGUGGUCCCGAAGAAGCCACCGUCAAAGCCCAUUGUCGAUCAGAUCAUUCGAUUCCGCAACGAUCGUGGCUUUGAGAUUGGCCGGUUGUCGGUCGGCGAGGCUGGCUUCUUGGUUCACCUGUUGGACACUGGCGUUAUCGAGCUGAGAGGUCACGUCAUUGACUGUCCUCCUGUGCUUUCUACUGGUGCUACCAUCUUGCUCAACGUCAAGGUAUACCUCACUGCGAAGGCUUUUGAGCAGGUUGACAAGGACGGCAGGGAAGGAGUGGGCACUUUCUGGCAGGAACAAAAAGAGACCGAGGAAGAAGAAGCAAUGAGGAAGCGCAAAGACGCCCUUGGCCUGCUGUUCGGUCGCAUUGGCGUCAAGGCCAUCCAAUCCAAUGCCCUGCUCAUGGCGCAAAAGAAGAAUGGCUCAGCAGUGAUCAACGAGGCAUCGCUGAAGCACUUUGCUGCACGAGCUAGCUCCGGAGCCAAUACGCCUUCUCGUCGUAGUCAGUCACCAUCAAAAGCCAGUUCCUCCGGUAGCGGCAAGGGUAAAACGAAAGACAAGGGUUCCGCGAGGAAUAGCGACGAUGAUGAGGGCGAAGAGGACAGUGGCGAUGAAGCGGAGAGGUUGGACGAGGAGCAGAUGAAUGAGAUUGACACAAUCUAUCGAAAGGCCCAGAUGGGCGACACCAAGCUCGAGGAGACUGAUCCACCUAGCACAUUCCUUUACACGCUCCGACCGUACCAAAAGCAAGCUUUAACUUGGAUGAGAGCGAGAGAGAAAGGGGACGAAUCCGUCAGGGAGCAGAGUCUACAUCCGCUGUGGGAAGAGUACGCUUUCCGUACUGAGCACGCGGCCGGCGAGCCGAUCACCAUCGUAGACGAUGAUGAUGAGAUUGAUCCUGGCCGAAAAUUUUACUGGAAUCCUUACAGCGGAGAACUCAGUCUGACCUUUCCUACGAGCAAGACACAUUCAAAGGGAGGGAUUCUGGCAGAUGCCAUGGGUAUGGGCAAAACCUGUAUGAUGGCAUCACUGAUGCAUUCGAACCGUGUCGGAGACGUUCCAGCUGAGAGCCCAGCAGCCGACCCCGACGGUGAACCUGAUGCCAAACGACCAAAAUUCAAGCAGGUAACUCUGUCCAACCAAUGGCGAGCUGUGGCCACAGCUCCGAAGACUCCAUCCGUAGCCCCUCGGGCCACACUGGUCGUGUGUCCUGUCUCGCUUGCAGCGCAAUGGCAUGAAGAACUGGGCAAGAUGGGAGAGAAGGGAAGCAUGACCAGCAUGAUGUGGUAUGGCAAUGAACGUCAGGAUAUCGACCGGAUCUUAGGUCAAGAGGGAAAGAAGCGAGUGGAUGUGGUCAUCACCUCAUAUGGGACGCUUGCGAGCGAGUUUCAGAAGUGGCGCAAGAUCAAGGAUAAGCCGUCGUAUGAGGGCGGUAGCAUCUAUGAUCACGAGUUCCUGCGGAUCGUCCUGGACGAAGCUCACAAUAUCAAAAAUCGGACAGCACUGGUGUCCAAAGCUUGCUUUGAACUCAAGGGACAGCGGCGCUGGGCGCUGACAGGCACGCCCAUCGUGAAUCGACUUGAUGAUCUCUACUCCUUGUUACACUUUCUGCGAUUGGAGCCAUGGGGCCAUUAUUCCUUCUUCAGAAGUUUCGUCACCGUGCCAUUCCUCAAUCAUGACCCGAAAGCCCUCAACGUGGUGCAAUAUAUUCUGGAAUCCUGCUUGCUCCGUCGAGAGAAAACAAUGCGCGACAAGGACGGUCGCCUCAUUGUAGAGCUGCCCCCCAAAACUCUCGAUGUUCAAGUAUUGGAUUUUUCACGACCAGAAAGACAGAUAUACAAACGACUUGAAGAUCGGGCCAAGCGGCGUUUCAUCCAGCUUGACGCAGAGGGCAAGGCCAUGUCGAACUAUACUUCGAUUUUGGCAAUGCUCAUGAAACUGCGUCAAUGUGUCGAUCAUCCUCUUCUUGUCCUCGGCAAAGGUGCAAAUGAAGAGGAAGAGGGCGAUCGCCUCCUCGACACGGCGAAUGGCGAUGCAACUGGCUCCAUCAAAGAGAUGAUCGCCAUGUAUGCUGGAGGCGUGGACGCGAAACCGCCUGGCGAAUCCGGAACGGAGACCGCAUACGCACUCAAGGUCUUGAAGGAAAUCGGUGAAUCCGAAGAUUCCAGCGAGUGCUUCAUAUGCGCCAGCGAGAUCUUUGACGAGGUCCUGUUACCGUGCUAUCACAGAGGGUGCCAAGACUGCAUUGUCAAUUUUAUCGGCUCUUGCGAGGAUAAGGGGAAACCUGCAAAUUGUCCGAUAUGCGGUCAAGGACCUUACAAAGCUAUGGAUCUCAGAUCGGUUCAACGCCGAAGGAAACGCCUGAACCCCAUCACAGGGGCCCGGGCGGAGGAUGGAGACGAAGGAUCAGUGUCUUUGGGCAAAGUGGACCUCGUGUCGAGUACAAAGCUUCGUGCCUUGGUCCGGAAGCUCGAGACCAUGCGCAUGGAAGAGGGGGACUUCAAGGCUCUGGUCUUCUCUCAGUUCACUUCGUUCCUAGAUCUCAUCGAGCCGGUCUUGACUAAAGCGGGUAUCCAAUGGCUUCGAUUCGAUGGAUCCAUGUCGCAGGCUCAGCGUGCAGCUACCAUUGACGAGUUUGGCAAAAAAUCCAAGGAUCCCGUAAUUUUACUGAUCUCGCUCAAAGCUGGAGGUGUGGGCUUGAAUUUAACAAUGGCGAAUCAUGUGUUCAUGAUGGACACGUGGUGGAAUGAAGCGAUAGAACAGCAAGCGAUCGAUCGUGUGCACAGGUUGGGUCAAAACAAGUCAGUUUACAUCACGCGGUACAUCAUCAAGGGGACGGUUGAGAAGAGGAUCAUGAAAAUACAGCGCUCAAAGACAGCGCUGGUGAAUGCUUCUCUGUCGGGCGGUGCUCAACGGGACAAGUCGGCCACAUUGGCGGAUAUUAAGAAGAUUUUUGGUUUGGACGAGGAGGACAGCGAGGACGAGGUGUACUAGGGAUCAUAACAUUGCAGCGUAGGCGCGUCACGAGGUCCGCAACAUUCUUGUAUCAUAGCCAUUACGCACGCAAAAGCACAUGCAACAUCCUCACAUGUAG